AAGGGCCACUGGGUGGGAAGGGCCCCCCGCGAGCUCUGUCCGGGGUUCCAUGCUCCCCAAUGACAGCAGCGGCAGGAAGCAGGCGGGCGCUUCUUCGGCGCCAAGGCCUCCUGUUCCCCGAGGGGCGACACUGGACACUUCCCCACGUGACUCCCAUCUCUUGGUCCCAGGUCUGUGCAUGGCGAAGUCCCCGGAGAACUCUACCCUGGAGGAGAUUCUGGGGCAGUAUCAACGGAGUCUCCGGGAGCGUGCGAAUAGAAGCAUUCACCAGCUGCAGAGCGCCCUGAGAGAAGGCGACGGUGGUGUUGGAGAAGGCGCACCAGACGCCCCGUGUGGCACCGGCGUGGAAAGUGAGGACCCUGGGGCAGCCUGGCAGGAGCUGCAGUACAGCCAUGCCGUCAAUCAGCUCAAAGCUCUGUUGUGCCAACAGGCAACUAAGGAAAGUGAGGUGUCUCCAUCGAGAAGGCAAAAUGCGUCCCUUCUGAGGUCAUCAGAGUACAAGGAAGCCAAUAUGCCUACUGUAUACAAUCUCGUUCCUAUCGUCAAUGACCAGUCUCAAUACAUUCAUCAUUUAGAGGCAGAAGUCAAGUUCUGCAAGGAGGAACUCUCUGGAAUGAAAAAUAGGGUUCAAGUAGUUGUGCUUGAAAAUGAAAGGCUCCAACAAGAGCUGAAAUCUCAGAGACAACAGGAAGCAAUGAGGGAACAAACACUUCUGGAUGCAUCUGGAAACCUGCAGAAUUCUUGGGUUACAACAGGUGACGGCUCUGGGAUGAAUGAAGGUGCCAAGAGGCGAUUCUCCCAGGGCAAUGCAGAUGCAGUCAAAGGUCCAUCGGCUGGUGAGGCUGAGAAAUGGAAGCUAGAACUGGAGAGGUUAAAACUUACUUAUGAAGAAAAAGGUGAGAUCCUGGAAUCGCAAUUGAAAAUUUUGAGGAAAGACCUAGCUGAGUAUCAGAAAAAUUGUGAAGAUCUUAAGGAGCGACUAAAGCAUAAAGAGUCUCUUCUCGCUGCUAAUAUGUCUAACCGUGUGGGUGGCCUUUGUUUGAAAUGUGCUCAGCAUGAAGCUGUUCUCUCCCAAACCCAUAGUAACGUUCACGUGCAGACCAUUGAGAGACUGACCAAGGAAAGGGAUGACUUAAUGUCUGCGCUGGUCUCUGUCAGGAGCAGCUUGUCAGAUAUGCAGCAGAGAGAAGCCAGGGCUUAUGAGCAGGUGAAACAAGCUAUGCACAUGACCGAGGAGGCCAACUUCGAGAAAACCAAGGCUUUAAUCCAGUGUGAGCAGUUGAAGAAUGAACUGGAGAGGCAGACAGAGCGACUGGAAAAAGAACUCGCAUCUCAGCAAGAGAAAAGGGCCUUUGAGAAGGAGACAAUGAGAAAAGAAAUAAUAAAAGAACGGGAGGACAUGGGAUCAAAGAUGUUGUCCCUGUCUCAAAACAUUGCCCAACUGGAGGCCCAGGUUGAAAAGCUUACGAGAGAGAAGAUUUCAGCUAUUAAUCAGCUUGAGGAAGUUCAAAACCAGCUUGCUUCCAAAGAAAUGGAUGUCACAAAGGUGUGUGGGGAAAUGCGCUAUCAGUUGAAUAAAACCAAAAUGGAGAAGGAUGAGGCAGAGAAGGAGCACAGAGAGUACAGAACAAAAACUAAAAGGGAUCUUGAAAUUAAAGAUGAGGAAAUAGAGAAAUUGAGAUCAGAAGUGAGUGAAAGCGAGCAGCACUUGGAACAGGAGCAGCAGGAGGCAGCCCGGGCCAGAGAGGAGUGCCUGAAACUGACGGAGCUGCUGAGUGAAUCCCAGCGCCAACUGCACCUCACCAGACUGGAAAAAGAUAGCAUUCAGCAGAGCUUCAGCAACGAAGCAAAGGCCCAAGCCCUUCAGGCCCAGCAAAGAGAGCAGGAGCUGACACAGAAGAUACAGCAAAUGGAGGCCCAGCACGACAGAACUGAAAAUGAACAGUAUUCAUUGCUGACCUCCCAGAAUACAUUUUUGAUAAAGUUAAAGGAAGAGUGCUGUACAUUAGCCAAGAAACUGGAGCAAAUCUCUACAAAAAGCAGAUCUGAAAUCGCUCAGCUCAAUCAAGAGAAAAUGUAUACAUACGACAAACUGGAAAAGUUACAGAGGAGAAAUGAUGAGUUGGAGGAACAGUGUGUCCAACACGGGAGACUACAUGAGAUAAUGAAGGAAAGGCUAAAGCAGCUGGACAAGCACAGCCAGGCCACAGCCCAGCAGCUGGUGCAGCUUCUCAAAAAGCAGAACGAGCUUCUUCUGGAGAGACAGAGCCUGGCCGAAGAGGUGGGACGUCUGAGAUCCCAGUUACCCAGCAUGCGACAAUCUGAUUGCUGACCUGGACGAAACAGAGUGAAAUAAAUGGUUUACAAAGAGAUAUUUACAUUCAUCUGAUUUGUUCAUGAGAUGCCACAGCGCGCCACGACCUUCUGGAACAGCAGCCAGCGCCUGGGACGGCAGCGAGCUCCUCGCCCGGUGCCCCGUCCGCUGCUUGGAGGCACCUGCGUGCGGGCGGCUGUGGCUCAGCUCUGGCACCGGAUGAUGCGCCCUCCUGCUAUGUCUCCAGAAAUGGCUUGAAGUGAUGAUGUUUUUAGAUCUGCUCAUUUGUAUGCUGUUACACACGACUUUCAAUAAAUGAACUUUUUAAAGACCUGAAUUGUAAUGUUUCCUUUUUACCUUGUAGUGAUGAACGAAACACACCAAAAAGGCACAUAUUUUAACUAGGCCAGAGGGUAUUAAGGACCAGACUUUCUUCCUGUCAUUCACGUUUCCUUCCCUCUUCGUGAGCUAGAGAGCAUCCUUUAACUUCUGAUGCUUUUAAUCAACAUCUCGUAAGACUCCAUUACUUAUCAUCCUGCUACUCUGGGCACAGUCGGGAGACACCAGGAAGCACUGUUUAUCCUGUCCACUCUGUUCACAAGGAAAACAGACAAGAAAGCGUCUUUGGCUUGGUGGUGUCAGGUUUCUUCUCGAAUGUGCAGUAUUUGAGAGGAGCCUACGAAUGUACUUCGUGGAAUUACAAAGUUGACUUUGAGGUCUAUCAGAUAUCUGUACAUGGAUCAUUAUUUUAGUUUAAGAGAGUAUUUCUACUACACAGUUAAGCCCUCAGAUGCUUGAAAGUAAUAAACACUGGGCACUGAAAGUGUUGUGUUGUAUUUGAGGAGGACAAUGAAGUGCUAAAGGCAAGGCUGCCAGCAGGCGGGAGGAGGCCCUGACCUCAGGCCCUUCUCCUGGCUAGCGUUCUCGAAUCCUCGCCCUCACCGGCCCUCCCGUGGCCUCUUGGGACAGACACGGGGAUUAGGCUUCGGAGGCGAUGGGAUGAUACAUACGCAAAGACCUUUCAGAAGUCUCUCGAGCAUGUCAAAGGUUCAAGCCUAAAAGAGUGGAACUUCUACUAUAUGGAUUCAGUUUUUGAUUUAAUCCAAUGUGCUAGACAUCAAGGUUGUCACCUAAGAUAUGUUAACUGUCCCUAAUUCUGUUUGAGGACUACAGUAAAUAAAUUACAAUAUUCUACAAAUAGCACCCUUAAAGAAUUGUAGAGGUCACUUUAUUUUAGCCUCCUGAUCUGUCCAUCCCAGCGGUUUUGAGAGAAGAGCACACAUAAGGACACCCUCGGAUCUGCCCGUGUGACACACACAUGCCUGACUCUGGUCCCAAAGCCAUUCCUCCACUCAGCUUAGUCACAGGAGCAAAGCCAAGUUUGUACAAUAGUAGGUUUAUGAGGUAAAAUCAGAAAAAGGCCCCAACCAAAAUGAGUUUAGAUAAAUCAGACUGGAGUACAACCACCCUACCCAUUUCUCACCCACGACUAAGUUUGUUAACUUGCCAACGUACAUUCUAAGAAAGGAAGUAUGCAGAGCAACACGUGUAAGAUUAUCAGGAAGACAUCACUGAGGAGCGAAACUCCUGAAGAGUUCUGGGCCCAAACUGUCUGGUGUAAAACUUGUUAGGUCCCUAACACGUCUCCAGGGAGCCCCCUUCAUCCCUGACUUCACAGGAGAUGCACCUGAGACCCGUAACUGCGGGGUCAGCACCUCCCCUUCAGAAGUCGCCCCUCGUCCAAGUCUGCACAACUGCACUAUUGCCAUUUUACUCAAGUAAAUAACAAAGCAGUCCUGUGUGUGUUUGGGGCUACAAGAGACGGACGUUAUUCUCCUCUCACAUUUUAUAUAGGGUAGGUUAAUACCAGCUGGAGCUAUUAAAAAUC